GGUAACAGGAAGCUAAACAUGUAAACAUACUAGUGUUUUUAAACAAAAAGCAAUAUUUUGAAAUUUAUUAUCAGACAUGGAUACAAGUUCACAACAAUCUGCUUCAUCGUGUGAUAAUAGUACGUCAAACAAGGAAAAAUCUUCCGACAUUAAAACAACCAAUGAUAAAUCAAAUGUCGAUUUUAGUGAACGAACUGGGGAGGAAGACUUCACUCUGAUUGUCGAAGGCGAGAAGCUGUUCGUGUCUAAGGCUGUUUUGGCACUUGCCUCUCCUGUGUUUGAUCGGAUGUUUCAGUCAGACUUUAGAGAAAAAGAUCAAUCAGAGUUGACUCUUCCAGGAAAAAAUGUUUCAGAGGUGCAAGAAUUUCUUAGGUUUAUCUAUCCAGGUGUAAGCGAAUGUAUAUCUGAUGAGAACGUGUACAAAUUGUUACCUCUGGCCGAAGAAUAUCAGGUGACUUCUCUGAAAGCCAAAUGCGAGAGAUUCCUUAUAAGUAGACUUAACAAAGAACUUCCAGCAGACGACACGAAGAUGAUGUUGCAGACAGCUGCGAUUUAUAAUAUGGAAGAUUUAAUCAAUAAGUUUUGUGAGGAGUUGCCAGAACAGUCUGCAAGGGAUGUUAUUUCGGAAGAAAUUCCCCUACCUACGAUGGCCAUUAUUAAUAUUCUUGGUAAAGUAAUGGGACGUCUAGAACGUAUAAGAGAGAAGAACACGUGGCUUGAAGGAAUAUACAAAUAUACUACAUCUGGACAUUCUCGUGAAGUGCAGCAAAUCAUCGAGCGAAAUUUAAGGGUAUAUAAGGAUUGGAAAUGUCAAUCAUUAUAUUUACGAUUGAACUGUGACGAUUUAAUGAAGGAACAUGUGCCACAGACAAAACAGUUCAAGUUUUUAGACAUUAACGCAAAUUUAACGAUGUCCCUCUAUAAAAGAGGAGACGGGUACUACGGGGAUGAUCAAUCUAUAAUUAUUGAUAUCUUGUUCGACGAAGACACAAUAAAGCAGUCAAAAGUAAAAUUACACGGGCGAUUUGUUAUUAGAAAUAUGAUUGAUGCAGUUAAUACCUAUAAAUCUACAUUUCAGAUGGAAUUUCAACCAUCUAUAUUAAAACAAUCAGCCGAGAUGAAAAAUAGCCAUGUUGUCUUUGAUGUUAGAGCUGGAUAUUUGUACUAUGGUGUUACGGAUGCAGAAGUCCACCUAUUAGCUAAGAGAGAGGAGGUGAAGCAGACGAUAUCUUCUAACUAAAAUGAGCAUUGGUCAUCAAUUGUCAUUUGGCGUACUUAAAAAUAUAAUUCAUGUAUACAUUUUGACAAAACAACACUUAAGAUGUUAAUUGAGGACAAUUAAGCGACAAUAAAUACUAUUGUAAUAAGACGUUUACAAAUUAUCGAACAUUUUCCUAAAACAUUUCAUAAACAUUUUUCCUAAACUCUUCAUGAUUCAUUUUAUGUGUAAUGCUCUGGGGAGCCAGAUGAUUUAUACCAUACAAUGACCGACCAAGGGUUGUCAACUUGGUUCAAAACUUCAUAAACGUCUAUUUCUCCAUUUCACUAAUAUUCCUCAUAGCAAGGAUUAGAAUAAAAGAUAUUCUUAUAUUGUUAAAACCAUGUAAUUGAAGGUCAAUACUACUUUUGUUUUAUUUCUAAUUUUGAUAUUUUCCGUUAUGAAAAUUAUUUCAAUUUGACUAAAAUGUAGCUUUAUUGUAGAAUUAGUUGUUCUUUUCUAUCCUACUAACUUUCUUCAUACUGACUUUGUUGUAUUAGUAAAUGCAAUAUAUAAACUAUA